AUGACGGCCUUUGUGGUGAGAGAAUUCGAUCCAAACAAGGACUGCAAGGAGGUCGAAGAAGUUGAGAGAAGGUGCGAGGUUGGCCCCGCUGGCAAGACGUCCCUCUUCACCGAUCUUCUGGGCGACCCUAUUUGCCGAAUCCGCCAUUCGCCGCCUUAUCUCAUGCUGGUGGCUGAGAUGGAAGUGGAGGGAGAGAGGAAGAUCGUGGGCAUGGUUAGGGGUUGUAUCAAAACCGUCAGCUGUGGAAGAGGAAGCUCGAACGAUGAUGGCGAGGAUGAUUCUACUAAGAUCAUGACUCCCAUCUAUGCCAAAGUCGCCUCCAUUCUUGGCCUAAGAGUCUGUCCUUCUCACCGAAGAAUUGGCAUUGGUUUGGCUCUGGUGAAGAAGAUGGAGGCAUGGUUCAUCCACAGUGGUGCUGAGUACUCUUACAUAGCCACCGAGAACGACAACCAAGCCUCACUUAAUCUCUUCUUGUCGAAAUGCAAGUACACCAAAUUCCGAACGCCUUCCAUGUUAGUCCGACCUGUUUACGCUCACCGGGUUAAAAUCCCUGAUCGAGUUGCCAUAUUCAAACUCGACCACCUGGAGGCCGAGUUGCUUUAUCGGGCCCGGUUCUCCACCACCGAGUUCUUUCCUCGCGACAUUGAUUGCGUCCUAAGUAACAAGCUCAACCUUGGCACAUAUGUUGCCAUGCCAAGUGGGUCAUGGCCUAAUUCCGGGCGGUUCCUCGCCAGCCCACCUGAGUCGUGGGCAGUCCUCAGCAUAUGGAAUUGCAAGGAGUCGUUCACGUUAGAAGUAAAAGGAGCGUCGCGCACCCUCCAGUGGAUCGCCAUGGCAACGCGCACGGCAGACCGCUUGCUGCCAUUUCUGGGCAUACCGUCCGUGCCUCAGCUAUUCCAGCCGUUCGGGUUCCACUUCCUGUACGGCCUUGGAGGGGAAGGCCCGCAAGCGGGGAGGAUGAUGGAGGCCCUCUGCGCGCACGCACACAACCUGGCCAAGGAAAUGGGCUGCGCCGUGGUGGCGACCGAGGUGGCGAGACACGAGCCGCUGAGGCCGGCGAUCCCGCAUUGGAAGAGGUUGUCGUGCGAGGAAGACGUGUGGUGCAUGAAGAAGCUGGCGAAGGGUCAUGGCGAUGAUCCGGUUGGGGAUUGGACAUGUAGCCAACCUGGCUUGUCUAUAUUUGUGGACCCUAGAGAAGUGUAA